AUGCCCUUCUCUUUCCGAAGAAGAAGAAAAGAUGAAACUAGCCACCACGACAACAAUAACGAAGAAGACGAUUCCAGCCCUAACGAUAAACACAAACAGCAGCAGCAUGCCGCAAAUCAUCAUCCUCUCAUCAUUCCGCUUCAUGAGGAAACCUCUCCCAAAACAAAACCAAUAACGGCGGCCGCUCGACCACAAUUUUCUCGUUCCAACACUGCUCUCCUACCCGUGUCUUCAUCUUCCACGUUAUUGAGUUCUCCAUCUUCAACCUCUGCUUCGGGAAGCUUUCAACAUCCUUUGGGUCGUCAUGGACGUUCUUCUUCGAGCGGAAGUGGUGGUAGUGGUAAGGCUUCUUCGUUUCUUUCAUGGCUCGGUUAUCAUAUGAAGAGGAAAACCGGAAACAGCUCUCCUUCCUCCUCAACAUCCUCUUCAUUGUCUUCCUCGGCUCAAUCCAUCAAUGUUUCAAAUUGUAGUAUUAAUUUGGAAAGUAAUCAUGGAUUGUUGUAUCAUGAUGAUGAUGAUGAAAACAACAACCACAUGAAUGCGGGAUCAUCAUCAACACUGCUACACCCGACGAUGGACGGCAAUGAACACGCCACCGAUAUCACCACGAAUCAUCAUCAUGACCAUUUUCAUUCAGCAACACAACAACAAGAAGGAGUUCAUGGUUUACUUUUAUCCAUUACAGACACCUCGCAAGCUCACUACAUUGUGGAUCAACAUCAAAAUCCUCAACAAUAUCAUCAACUUCAUAGUUUAUUGAAAAAGAGGAAUCAUCAUCUCAAACUGCCAGGCAGCCAUCAUGAGAGCAAUGCUUUCAAAUCAGCAUCAACAUCCCUAGAAGAGAAAAACUUGUCACUAAAAAACUUAUCAUCGGAAGACAAUGGUAUUACUUCACCACGGCUUGUGGUCUCGUCACCAACAGGUGCUGAAAAAGUAUUGUCUCCAGAUGAGUUUUAUCAUGGAUUUGUGGAUGACAUUAUCUCUGAUUCGGACCAUUCCGAUGUUUUGUGUUUUUCUCCACCUGCAACAGAUGAUAUUCUGCAUGAGGCACAAAUGUUAUCGAAUGCUUAUAAUCAUCACAUACUUCCUACAUCUUCAACGACAACAGAUGAACAACAGCAACGAGUGGAAGAACUCGAUCCUGUCAUGCUUGAAUUUGAAGAUUGGUUCAAAAAAUUUGAGAUUGGAGCUGACAAUGAAGGAAAUGGUACAGUGGAUUUGAAUGCAACUGUAAGGAAAAAGUCAAGAGCUAAAAGCUUGUCCAAGUUUGUCACAGCAAUGAGUGAACCUUUUGUGCAUACCGGAUCUAGUACAAAGAGCAAAGUGAAAACACUCUCUCCCAAGUCGUCCAAUAAUAUUAUUGAUGUAUUUCAAACAUCAGACGACACAUCAGCAACAGGAGGAGCUCUUAUCAUCAACGAAAACGAAAAUGAACAACAUGACAAGGGGAGAUUUAGCAGGAGCUUUAAAAAUCUGGUUCUUUUAGCACGAAAACACCCUGCCUCUAGCCCACCUCAUAUUGCCUCAGCAGAAAAGCAAGCUCAACAAGUCAUCAUUCAGAAAAGUAUUUUUCUUACAGCUCUUCCACAAGAAAUUAAGAACUAUAUAUUUCAAUUUUUAGAAUUUAAAUUUAUUCUUUCCAUACGAUUAGUUUGCAAAGAAUUCAAAGAUAUUGCAGAUGAUAACACAAUUUGGGAACCGCUGUGCACAGAGCACUCUCUCGAUUUCUCAAUGGUUUCGUACAAGCAUUUGAAACAACUCUAUAUUGAAAAUCAAGUAUUUGUUACUGUCGUUGGAACUGAGGAAGUUGGAAAGAGUUUAUUAAUCAAAAGGUGCAGCAAUAAUCCUGCUUUAUUAUUGGAAAGCUUUGUGGUGGGACCAAGAAGACUCUAUGACUCUGUCUAUAUACACGACGAAGAACCAUAUUAUAUUUAUUUUAGAGAAAUUAACAAGGAAAACAAAUCCCUGUUGAAAAGUCAUGCAAUUAAGGAAGACAUGUUUUUCGUGUGUUUUUCAAUUUUUGACAAGAGAUCAUUUAGCAAAACCAAGAAGUUAAUUAGGGAAAUUCGUGCAAAAAGCAAAACUACAAAACCUAUCAUUCUCGUUGGGAUGAAAAUCGAUUUACGUGAUGAAGAAGGUUCCGAACAAGUCAAACUCAUCAAAACAGAGCAAGGUGAAGAGUACAAGACUCGUUUCAAACUCUUCUCCUAUCGUGAAAUUAGCAACAAAACAAGAGUUGGUAUUUCCGAUCUAUUGGUAGAUGCAAUCAAUGCCAAACGAAUUCAAAUGGAAAAGUUCUAUAAUUAUGAAAAGGCAUUGGGUACUGAGGCUGAACUCGAAGAUAUUUCUGAAGACAUUUUCAAUUACAGUGAUGACGAUGAAGAUCAUGAAAUGGUUGGAGGUCAAGCUGGGAUAACUGUAUCUACCAACAAUGAUGACGCACUGACAACCUGCCAUAAUGCUUUUGAACCGACAGCGAUCGACAACAAUGAAAGCCACAAUGGUUAA